AUGGCUCUCUCCGCACCCGCCUUCGUGGUCGCCACCAAGCCGGCACUGCCCACCCUGGAGGCACGCGCCGAUGCCGCCGCAAAGUCCCGCGGGCAGCCAUUUGUGAACGGCUACUCCGAGGACCCCUCUGUGAAGUAUGCCCUUACGUGCAUGGCGGCGACUUUCACUGUCGCCGGCGCCCUUCGUUGGCGCAAGCAGCGAAGGGGCGGCGGAGUUCGACGGGCAGCAGGGGAGGGGCCGUCCACUGCUGUGGUGGCUUCGCCACAGGAGACGUACCAGGAGAUUGUGGACAAGUCGGAGUAUCUGCGGGACCAGGCGUGGCUGAAGACCUUCCACGCGGGAUUCAUGGGUGGUUGCUACGUGGGCAUGGCAGGUCUACUGUCGCUCGUCAUCGGCGGCAACGUCACGCAUGAGUUCAUCAACCAGAAAGCCAUCUUCGCUGCCCUUUUCCCGAUCAACUUGCUCUUGGUCCUCCAGACUGGAGGGCAGCUCUUCACUGGCAACUCAGCAACGAUGGCGAUUGGCGUCUAUGAGGGCAAGUGCAAGGUGAAGGAUCUGGUGCGAAACUGGUGCAUUGCCUAUGUCGCCAACAUCUGCGGCUGCUUGUUGAUUGAUGUCGUUGCCCGAUACACGGGCAUGUUCACGGCAGGGGCAGCUGAUAUGGCCAUUCACACAGUGAUGAAGAAGUGCGGCUCGACUUUUGGCCAGACGGUGGUGAAGGGGAUCAUGUGCAACUGGCUGGUGUGCAUGGCGGUCUGGCUCUGCACGAUGGCCAAGGACCUGUCGGGCAAGAUGGUGGGAGUCUGGUUCCCGAUCUCCAUGUUCAUCGCCAUCGGCUUUGAGCACUCCGUGGCCAACAUGUUCAUCCUGCCGGCCGGGCUUUUCUCGGGCGCACCGCUCACGUUGUGGGAUAUUCUGAUCAAGAACCUCAUCCCUGUGACCAUCGGGAACGCCAUCGCCGGAGCCUUCGUGGUGGGUGCCGGCAUGUCCUACUCCUUCGGCAAGCUCGGCAAGAAAGAUGAGUGA